AAAACGGAUAUUGCGAUGGAAAAGUCAGACCCUAAAUCUAAUAAACGAGUUAGAUGAAAAGAUGUCACAGCAUGUAGUGAAAUUUAUUACUAGUUAGGACCAUUUUUACCCAAUUAUUUAUAUCAAGCGCAAAUGACGCAACGAACUCAUCCCUCACUCCAACCUUUGCUAGUAGGUUUAGAAGAAAUCAAUUAUCAAGAGCAUGCAGCAACGGCUCUCCUCGGAGUGGCGGAGCGUGGUGGCGGAGAGCGCCGUGGUGGUGGUGGCGCGGCGGGGCUGCUGCAUGAGCUUCGUGGUGAGGCGCCUGCUGCAGUCCGUGGGCGCCAACCCGGCCGUGUGCGAGGUGGAGGAGAGGCACGUGGACGAGCUGGCCCGCCUGCUGGCCGAGGCGGGUGGCGGGCUGCUGCAGUUCCCGGCGGUGUUCGUGGCGGGGCGGUGGUUCGGCGGGACCGAGCGGGUCAUCGCCACGCUGAUCAGGGAAGAGCUCCGGCCGUUGCUCAAACAGGCCGGAGCCCUGUGGUUGUGAGCUAUUAUAUCAAGAUUCUCAAGUUCGAAUCUCGUCAAAUAUUUUUAUAGGUCAGAGUCUAUCGUAUAUUUUAUAUGUGAUUUGCAAGUUAAUUAUUGUACAAGAUCGUGAGUUUAUUUGUUUGUUUGUUUUUUUUUUUUUAUAUAGUUUGUAGCCUAGUGUGAUUUACCUCUUUGGUAUCGUUUGCAAGCUAUUGCAUAAGAACAUAAUUUUUCAAUGUGCAUCGAAGCAGCGGCUUUACCAAAAAAAAAAAAUUAAUUAAUUAACAGUUGAUUGAGUUUCAGUUU